CGCGCCCGCGCCCUCUUUCCUCAGUGGCGGCCCAAGGUGCUGUGUCCUUCAGCUGAAGCUAAGGCCGUCCCACGCCGGCGACCAGCACCGCGGCCCCGCCAUGGCCUCCGUCUCCGAGCUCGCCUGCAUCUACUCCGCGCUCAUCCUGCACGACGACGAGGUCACCGUCACGGAGGACAAGAUCAACGCGCUCAUCAAGGCGGCCGGAGUGAACGUGGAGCCCUUCUGGCCGGGCCUCUUCGCGAAGGCGCUGGCGAACAUCGACAUCGGGAGCCUCAUUUGCAACGUGGGAGCUGGCGGCGGAGCUCCAGCGGCAGCCGCUCCCGCUGGUGGCGCCGCUCCUGCCGGCGGUGCUGCCCCGGCUGAGGAGAAGAAAGAAGAAGAAAAGAAAGAAGAAUCAGAGGAAUCUGAUGAUGACAUGGGCUUUGGUCUUUUUGACUAAUUAGUUUUGUACAUGUCUGUAAUAAAGAACACUUAAGUGUA